AUGGGAUUGAAACGAAUUCAGCCAGUGGAUCGCAUUAAUAUUCUUCCUCUCUUAUUGUAUACAUUUAAAAAAAUUUUGGAAAACAAAGAAAGUCAAAACAAUAAGAAAAUUAUUGACCAAUUAUUAUGCUUAACUGUCGAAAGUUGGAUUUCUAUUUCACAAAUAUGUUUUGAGAAAUGGCCAAAAUUGGAGGCAUUACAGUGCAUUUCUGUUCGAAAGAAAGUUCUUUUAUUUAUGCAAAAACUUAUUCAAUUUCCUCACAUCAAUGGAGAAGCUUUUGUUGAGACUGUCGCCUCUGAUAAUUGUUCCAAUGAACUGGGGUCGCUAUUACCCGGUGAUUAUAAUCUGAUUGGCAAAGAAAUUAUAGGUGUUGGUACAAGCAUUCGCUCGGCAAAAAUGGCUAUUGUCGAAAUUUUGUCAACAUCACUUUUUAAAAAAGUUGAAAUUUUUCCAUUACUUGCGCUGGCGUCUGGUUCAGAUUUUAUAGAAAUAAAAAAUGCUGCUAACGAUUCCUUAAAAAAAUUUGAUAUUGAUGAAAUAUUAAAAGAAAAAGAAACUAUCACAAAACUUUUCAAGAUUUAUUUAGGCGAUGAGCCAAAUAAUAUUCAACCGAUUACUUCGGCUUCGGUAAAAAUUGUCAUUUUGAAAUUAUUGGUGCGCUCAAAAAUAGCACCAAAAAUGUUCACUGAUAACAUGAAAGUGGUAUAUGAUGGUCUUUUUGGUGAGCAUAGGACUCGAGAUCCUUCAAAAUUAUUGCAAUUAUCUGCUGAGUUUUUGUUUCUUCAAAUAAAAAAUUGUCCUUCUAGUGCUCAACAGACAUUGAGUCCAAUUUAUUUUUCAACAAUUAAAAAAUUGCUUAACGAUGAUGAACGUUGGUCUGCAACAGCGGCUAUAUGUUAUCGAUGUAUGGCUGAAAUUGGACGCAAUAAUAAAAGUUUAGUGACCAGUGAUUUCGUUCUGGUUCAACAUUUAUUUGAUAUUGUUGGCAAGAUAGGAUAUGCUCGAGAUCCGGGAUAA